AUGGGUACAGCAAGAGAACAUCUCCAUGCACAAUAUCAACCGUCUCCACCAGGACCAAUCCCAUCCCAUUUAACUUCUUCGUUUGGAGGCACUGCUCACCAUACUCAGCCUCAAGGUCCACCACCAUCAACCCAGUAUGGAUAUUCUCAACCAAUACAACAAUUACAUCCAAUUCAGCAAUACCCAGUUCUUAACCAAGCCUCGUCACAGCCACAACCACAACCACAACCACAACCACAAGCAUCAUCACCAUCACCCAUACCGGCGGUAACACAUUCACCAGUUACAACAAGUACCACUCACACACCUGACCAAAAUGGUGCUUCAAAACAACGUAUGAGGGUUGUUAAAGCCUGUGACCGUUGUCGUAGCCACAAAAUCAAAUGUUCAGGAGAGUGUCCCUGUGCCACUUGUUUAAAACAGGCAAAAGAGUGCACUUUUAGUAACAAGGUAUUUCAAAAAAGAACAAAAGGUAUUGAAUUACCAGAACCAAAACGUGCCAAAUAUGCUGAACCAUUUGGAUUACCCGAAGUUAAAAAAGACGACCAACAGGAAUACAUUAAUCAUUUGGAAAAUAGAGUACAUUAUCUUGAAAGUUUAUUAACAAAUACCUCAACAGACACUUUCAAAACUCCACUUUCAAAUGAACCCGAAAGUGAAUUUGUCACUGAAACAUUGUUUUGUACCAGUUCAAAAUGGAGAUUUUCCAGACGGCAUCAAAAUUUACUUAUUGCUGAAUUAUGCCGAUCAAUGUAUUCUAAUUUAUCUGAAGAACUGAAACAGUUAGUUACUCUUCCCCGAUACCAAUAUUUUGGUUGGAACAUGUCUGGUGUUAAAUAUGUUUCAAGUGAAGAGUUACCUCCUUUGCCUGAUCUUGGUGCUAAACUUGAUUCCAAAUUUUUAACUCAAUAUUAUUUUGAAGAGAUCAACCCGUUGUUUGCUAUUCUUCAUGAAACUGUGUUCAAAGAGCAAAUUGUGGCAUAUGAAAAGGUACUUAGAGAUCAAAUAAUGUUGCAUAAAGACGAUCAUGAUUCAAAAGGUAAUCAAACAAGAUUAUUUAGUGCCAUGCUUUAUCUUGUUUAUGCCUUAGCAAUAAGGUUUAGUGAAAUUCUGAAACCGAAAAACCCUAGUAUUGAAAUGUUACAACUCGAAGAAAAACUUUUCAAAUACGGUUAUAAAGUCAUCUCCAUACUUAGUUUUGAAUGGGAAUCAUUUGAAUUGAUACAAGGUUGGUUGUUGAUUACACUUUAUCUAAGAGUGACACAUAGACAAACAUCAUGUUCUCAUGCAUUGGGACAAGCUAUGGAUAUGGUUAAAUCUAUGGGUCUUGGAUUUGCCCAUGACAACGCCAAAUUUUAUUCAUCGACAGCUUAUGAACGAUUAAAGGCAAAGAGAAUAUUUUGGUGUGUAUUUACUUUUGAUCGUGUAUUUGGGUUGCAGACGGGACGGUAUUGUGGUAUUAGAGAUGAAGAUUUUAAUAAUGAAUUCCCUAGUUAUGAUUUUAAACAUGAAACAGAAAAAGAUGAUUGGUUGACUUUGCCGGCAUUGGGAUUAAUCCACAUUGCACGAGUCUCUAAUUUUGUUCAUACUGCAGCUACAGAUAAUCCUCAUUUAAUCAAAUAUCAACAAGUUAACGCAGAAUUGGUCAAAUUGCACGAGUGGUUUAAUGCAAAUGGGUUCCGAAACGACUUGUUUUUUAACAAAAAGAAUGAUUCCAGUUCGUUGGUCAAAGCACAAGUGAAAUUGCAUUAUUAUGAUUUGGUCCUUUGUAUUCAUAGCAAGAUUUUAUUUAAUUAUAUUGGGAGAAGAAUUGCAAGUCAUGGAUUAAAAGUUGAAAUGGUGAUUGAUGCUUGUAAUGGAGUUAUUGAAGUUUUAGACAAAACCAACAAGGCAGGAUUAUUGUACACCCCAUGGUAUUCUGUUUUACUUUUGUUGUUUAAUGUUGGGGUCAAUGCUAUCACGUUGAUUAAUGGUGGUGCUUUUGUUGAACAAGCUCGUGAGGUUUUGAAAAAUGCCAUGCGAUUAUUGACCAUACUACGUAAAUCCCCCAUUAGAAACGAACAGAAUAAGUUGGUGUUCAGAGAGAGAUUUAAAAUGGUCAGAGAAUGUAUAUGGGCAUUGAAAAUGGCUAAUAGGAUUUUGACAUUGAGAUUACAAGAAGAUAUUGGUGUUUUGAAUAGCAUUGGAGUUGAUCAUGGUUCGUCUGAUGUUAAUAAACAAACUUUCACUCAAUUAGGUAUUGCUUCAGAAUCCGUCGAAGGAAAAUCAACACAACCAAAAACAAAUGAAUUUAAUCAAGUGUUUGAAAAACAUUUACAUAGAAGCAGCGAGAUUCGUCAACUGAUUACAAAUGAUGUUGAUUCUCCAGUUAGUGUCAAUUCUGAUUCAACAUCAAAUGUACAAUCUAUUGAGCCAGUUGAUACUUAUAGUUCAGCGGAAAUUGACAAUUUACUUGGAAAUAUCCAAUGGUUUGAUCAAUGGACAGACUUCAACAUUGAUUUUUAG